AUGGAGGAGCAAUAUGGGAUAGCUAAUCUGGCACAUUACAUGAAUAUAAGUCCAAUCUUCACUGCCAUUACCCAACCACCGUGUGGUCCUCAUCAUGACCUUCACUAUGAGAUGGUGGUCGUGGGAAGUGGUGGUGGUGGGCGGACGAUUCCACCUGGUCCUGGCUCGAGAAUUGGCGGUCUUAGCGUUGGUGAUGGCGGUUUAGAGAUGGGAAUCGGUGGUGGUGAUGUAAAUGGUAGGUGGCCAAGGCAAGAAACUCUAACUCUUUUGGAGGUCAGAUCAAGGAUGAAUUGUAAGUUCAAAGAAGCAAAUCACAAGGGUCCUUUGUGGAAUGAAGUUUCUAGGAUAAUGUCCGAGGAACAUGGGUAUCAAAGAAAUGCGAAAAAGUGCAGAGAGAAAUUUGAAAACUUAUACAAGUAUUACAAGAGGACUAAAGAAGGGAAAGCAGGAAGACAAGAUGGGAAACACUAUAGGUUCUUUAGCCAACUAGAAGCUCUCUAUGGUGAAAGAGGUCGUACUACUUGUCCUAAUCCUAAUUGUAAACAUGCCAUGGGUUCAUUUACGGAGAACACUGAUUGUGUGGGGAGGAAGAUGAAGACGAGGAAACUAAGGAAACGGAGUUGGAAGAACAUAGAAGACUUCAUUGAUGCACAGACGAGGAAGAUUAUGGACAAACAAGAGGCAUGGAUGGAGAAGAUGAUGAAGACAAUUGAACAGAAGGAACAAGAGAGGAUGUCAAGAGUGGAGCAAUGGAGAAAAGAAGAUGUGGGUAGAUUGGAGAUCAAGCACAAGUUUUGGGGUAAACGACGAGCAUGGAUGGAGUCUCGAGAGCCACUUUUGAUGCAGGCUUUGCACAAAUUAACCGAGAAGAAAUCACUUCAAAACCAUUGUUUUCCAGAAUGUAAUGAUUAUAUUAAUAAUCCCAUGUGUAAAUGGGGAGAAAAUGAGAUUAGGCAACUAAUACACUUUCGUAGAACCAACAUAGACGCAGGAAUCGAGCAAGUUGGGAACAUGGAAGGGAUUCUUUGGGAUGAAAUUGCUUCAAAAAUGGCAUCUUUAGGUUACAAUAGGAAUAAAUCAAUAUGCAAGACCAAGUGGGAUAGCAUAAAUGAGUUGGAAGAAAGAUCUAAAAGGCGAAAAGAGAGUACGAGAAGCACCAAUUUUCAGUAUCAAGAGGGAACUUUUCAAGAACAUGAAAGGCCAGUUGAACCAAGUGAUCAUCAGAAUGAUGGUUGCUACAGGCUUUUGAUGGGUGAUCAAGAGGAUGUGUGAUGACUACGAUCGAGUUAAGGCUCACAAUGGGAGAGAACCAUUCAUUAAGGUUAGACUUGCAUGGAAUUUAAUAAUGGUUUACAUGAUUCGUAGAUAAGGUUUAUGCAUCUAUAGAUUAUAUGCAAUAAACAUAAUCAAGGUUCCUGUUCCUAGAUUCAAUGGUUAAAAUUUC